AUGAGUGCAUCCCGAGCAGGCCGAGCAGGGUUAAAGAAGGCUAAAGUGCCUGUGUCCGGUCCCAAGUACCCGACUGUAGAAAGACCAAGCUCCAACCGUCCGGCGGCUCCUGUGCUGCCGAAGCGGGCCAACCCUCAUUUAUUGAAUCUCAAGCCGGGGCCGGAGACCCCUCGACUUUCUCCACGAGCCAUAACUGUUCUGGGUGUCACAGCGCUUACCAUCAGCACCUAUUGCGGCUAUCUCUACGCUUCCUACAGGCGGGAGGCAACUAAGGCGCAGUCGCUUGAUGUUCCCCAGGAUGUAUCAGACCGGUACAACCGCACCGCACCCAACUUCGAUGCUGAAGUCGAAAUGUCAGAGAAGGUGAUGCGUAUGGGCAAGAAACGACAGGACCUUGUCCGGAAGGCACGCGGGGAUGUCUUGGAGGUGAGCUGCGGUACUGGUCGGAACCUGGAGUACUACGAUCUGGGGGAACGACGCGGUCAUGAUGAAGAUGGAAGAGCAGUGAUCCGGGGCUGUCGCUCCGUCACCUUUGUCGACCUCAGCCCGCAGAUGAUAGAAGUCGCACGCAAUAAGUUCGGGAAACUCCAUCCGGACUUCAAGAAAGUGACGUUCCGUGCGCAGGAUGCAAAGGACGUCGUUCCCCCAUCGGCGGGAGCGAAGCCAACAUACUAUGAUACCAUCGUGCAGACCAUGGGACUAUGCUCGAUGCCAGAUCCUGUGGGCACUCUGCGCCAUUUGGGAUCGAUUACAGAACCACACAAGGGGCAGAUAUUGCUACUUGAGCAUGGUCGGUCAUAUUACGACUGGCUAAACAAAAUCUUGGACAAUCUGGCUCCCGCACACGCGGACCGGCACGGAUGCUGGUGGAAUCGAGAUAUUGGCGAGAUUGUUCGGCAAAGUGGGUUGGAGAUCGUGGAGGAGAAACGGUGGCAUUUUGGGACAACCUGGAAGUAUGUCCUGAGGCCAGUGAGUGGAAGUCAAGAUGCUAAGCAAUGA